GAAAUUGGAAAAUUGCAAAGGUCGGGUAGUCACCAUUUUUCUUGAUGGUUUGCAUCAUCUACAAAAAUUUGUUGAUCAUAAUCAUUCACCUCAAGCUAGCAGUGCUGAAGAAAUUCAUCCUUAUAUACCAUCACAUAAUGCUCUUCGUGUGAAAAUUAAGUGUGCUAGAAGAACAGAAAUACCACCACAACUGAAAACUCUUGAUGAAAUCAAUAUUCCAGAUUCACUUCAUUCUACCUUGGGUGGUGAUCUUUUCCUUGUGAGAGAUUCUAUAAUUAAUCAAGAAUGA